AUGGCUAGAAAAGUGACAAAGAAUUCCAGGGCUGCUAGAAGGGGAUUAACAGAAGUUUUUGAACCUGAGGCUAAUUCGCUUUCUGAAUUGCCAAGAGCUCAAAAGACUGAUUUAACAAAUAUUUUAGUAAGAACUGCUGCUAAAAAUGAAGCAUUACUAGAUGCUAAGAUUGGUAAGAAAAGAGCUAAGAAAAGUGGUAUUAAUAAGAAGGCAUUAGAACUAAAAUUAACUGAAACUGAGACUUUGAUAGAGAAACAAAAGUUGCAAAGAGCACUAAAUAUUACAAAUAGAUUAGAUGGUAAAAUUGCUAAAUCAGUAGCUCGUGCAAAAUAUGUCCAGAAAGCUAGAAAAGCUGGAUGGGAAACAACGAACCAACUUAUUAGAAAUGAGCUAACAAUCAAUAAUGAUGAAGUUAAGGCCACCACUAAAGAAAAGACAGAAGAUAACACCAGUACUGUUGAAGCAAUGGAAGAACAUGUUGAGACAUAUGGUGAUGUAGAAGGAUACGAUGAUCUCGAAGAAGAUAACGAUAAGUCUGUACCAAAAACUAAAAAUAUGUUCGAAUUGUUGAACGAUGACAUCGAACAAUAG